AUGGAGAAUGCUAAAGCAAAUUGGGAAAAUCUUCCCACAAUCUGUCUCUUUUUAGUUCUUGACAAAUUAGAUGUCCACAGCAAUUUGGUUCGAUUUGGUGCAGUCUGUAAGCAUUGGCAUUUAGUCUUCAACAAUUUUGUUGACUUAAAAAGGCGAUCAUCACCUAAUCUAGUUCCCAUGUUGUUAAUUCCAACAAGAAUGAGCAACAGAGUUCGACAAUUAUGCAGCCUACAAGUCAAAACAAAAUUCUGCAACAUUGAGUUACCAGAAUCUCAUACUAAGAGAUUUUGUGGUUCUUCCCACGGUUGGUUAGCCGCCGUGAAUAAUAGUAUGAUUAUAACUCUCUUAAAUCCUUUUAAGGAUGGUAUCACAAUUGAUCUUCCUGAGAUUGAACUUCCAUCUGAUGAUAGAACGUCAGCAGGCUACCAAUAUGACAUUCAUAGAGUUAUCUUGUCAGCUGAUCCUUUAUUACAUCCAGGUAAUUAUGUAGUUGUAGUUAUAUAUAGCUUUAGAGCUAGAUUAGCUUUCUACAAACCCACACAGAAAAAUUGGAUAUAUCUAGAUAAGAAUUUGAUGGCUUUCACUGAUAUUAUUUUUUAUAAAAAUUUAGUUUAUGCUAUCGGAAAUCUAGGCUUGCUAGUAUCUUUUGAUGUUAAUGAUAAUCUUGAUGACAAUUUGAAAUCACCAGAAGUAAAGAUACUCAUGUCAACAAGUCAAAGGUUGGAGGAUUAUAUUGAUCGAGCAUAUCUUGUUGAAUCAUCUAAAGGAGAUUUAUUCUCUAUUAAAAAGAAGGUCUAUUUUGAGGACUAUGAUGAUAUUUGUGCUUAUUUCACUAAGAGUUUCAAAGUUUUCAAGUUAGUUUUGGAUGAUCAAAGUGGUAAAUUCCUAGAAGAAAAGGAAGUAAAGAAUAUAGAGGGGGAUAUAGUAUUUGUGGGUGAUAAUCAUACCUUAGCUGUUUCAGCUUUGGAUUUUCCUGAAGGCCAACCCAAUUCUAUAUAUUUCACAGACGAUUUUUUCAUUGCUACCGCUUAUUGGCCACUUGGCCCUCGAGAUAAUGGUUAUUUCAGCAUGAAAGAUGGAAAGGUGAGAAAAUAUUACAAGUGGAAACCUCAACAUAAAUAUUUACCUCCUUACAUUUGGAUCCAACCACCAGUUGAAUUUAAAUUUCGAUAG